ACCAAAGCCUCCCAGAUCUCCUUCCAUUGGCAAUUCCCAACCUCUUUCACUUUUACUAUUUUCCAUUUCGUUGUAAUCUCAAAUUCCAAAAUUGUAAUUUCGUAUUACCAUAGAUCAUCAAGUGCAUUAGUUCUCAAAGACGAAAUUCAAGUUUUCACAUUCUCAACACGAUGGCUAGGGAAAUUGUGAGCUCCAUGACUGAAGGAAUUGUGAGCUCGAUCACUGGUGAAAUUGUAAGUAAGUUGAUUUCAUAUGCUACUAAGCUGAUCAGCAGUGCUCGGGGUUGCGAGGACGAGCUAAGAGGGAUUCGUCAAUCAUUAACCAUGAUGCGAGCUGUUCUGGCUGAUGCCGAGAAAAGGCAAGUGAAAGAUGAGUCUGUGAAGCUUUGGCUCCGGAUGCUUGAAGAUGUUGCUUAUGAAGCUGAUGAUGUGCUGGACGAGUUUGCAUACGAGAAUCUCCGGCAAAAGAUAGAAGUUGGAAACCAAAGGAAGAGAAAGGUACGUGAUAUCUGUUCAACCUCCAAUCCCGGUUUAUUCCACCUCCCAAUGGCAGACAAAAUUAAGGCUAUUCAGGAAUCAUUGGUAAGAGUAGAGGACUUGGCAAAUAAGUAUGGUUUUGCUAAAUUAUUGUUAGUUGAAUUAGUAGAUACUAACAAUGAAAUUAUCCCAAACCGAGAGACAAACUCCUUUCUUAAUCAUUCAGAAGUUAUAGGAAGGCAAAAUGAUGUUUUGGAAAUAGUGAACUUGCUAACUAGUACAACCAAUCAACAACUCUCAGUCCUUCCUAUAGUUGGAAUGGCGGGUUUGGGAAAGACAACUUUCGCAAAACUUGUGUACAAUCAUGAGCUAGUAAAGAAACAUUUUGAUAAAACAAUAUGGGUAUGUGUCUCUAACGAUUUCAAUGAAAAAAGGAUUUUAAAAGAGAUUCUAGAAUCCCUUACCAAUAAAUCAAGUCAAUUACAAAGUGAGAAUGCAAUACUUCAAAACCUUCAAAAAGAGUUGCAAGGAAAAAGAUACCUUCUCAUUCUUGAUGAUGUCUGGAAUGAAGAUCAUAUGAUAUGGGAUAAAUUAAGAGGCUGUUUGUUAGGAAUUAAUUCUAAUAUUGGAAACAAUAUCAUUGUAACAACUCGUAGUGACAAUGUUGCAAGAAUCAUGGAGACAAUUCCCUCAUAUCACUUAGAAAAACUACGUGAAGAUGAAUGUUGGUCUAUAAUUAAGAAAAUGGUAUCUUCAAUUCCGUUAACUCCAGAUUUGGAGACAAUCGGAUAUGAUAUUGCCAAAAAAUGUGGAGGGGUCCCAUUAGCUGCAAAAGUCCUAGGAGGGACAAUGACUCGUAAAAAUGAAAAAAGUGAAUGGUUAGCAAUUCAAAGCAAUGAAAUUUGGAAUUUUCCAGGCGCUAGCAACAAGAUGUUACCAAUAUUAAAAUUGAGCUUUGAUCAUCUACGAUCACCAUCUCUUAAAAAAUGCUUUGCAUAUUGUUCAAUUUUUCCGAAAGAUUAUGAGAUUAAAAAGGAAGAGUUAAUUCAGUUUUGGAUGGCUGAAGGGUUCCUUCAACCAUCUCAAGGAAGUUGUGUGGUAAUGGAGGAUAUUGGUAACAUGUAUUUUGAUAUUUUGUUGGCAAAUUCCUUAUUUCAAGAUGAGAAAAAGGAUGAGUUUGAUAAUAUUAUCAAUUGCAAGAUGCAUGAUUUGGUACAUGAUCUUGCACUCUCAGUUUCAAAAUCUGAGACCUUAUUUUUGAAUAAGGAUUUGGAGGGUGACAUAAGUCACAUACGAUAUUUAUUCAUCGAAUCUGAUGGUAAAAUUGUACCAUGA